AUGAACGACCUCGUCUCUUGUAUCGAAGUAGAUCGUCUCCUCGCCUUCGUCCUCUUCAUACGCCGGCGGCGCGCUCGUGAUCGAGGCGUCAACGGGGAUAUUGUCCUCGUCGCUCAGGCUCGUCCUCGUGAUCGACGCGUCGACCGGUACGUCCUCGUCGUCGCUCAGGCUCGUCGACGCUGAGAGCAGCUCGUAGCUGCGGCCGGCGAUGCGGACGGACAUUUUUUUUUUUUGACGACGUCGAGCUAGAGAAUCCCCGGCCGACGGCGCGAGAUUUUUUUUUGUCUUGAGUGCUGAGCUCUCCCUUAGCUCUAUCCAGGAGCGCCGCGCUUCGUGCUCCUCGCUGCGCGUGGGUCCUUCGCGGUUUGGAAGCUGCUGCUGAGACGAACUAACAGCGGUCCUAGAGCGCAGGCGAAGCCUGUAAAGACGACGCGCGCGCAAAGACUAUUAGCGUAGCAAACACACUAGCUUUUUGCCGGGGACGGCGCUUACAAAAACCAGCCACACGGGGGCGCUGAGCGAGUUGGACGCGCCGAGGCUAGCCCGUUUUUCGACCAAAGGCUGCAGUAAAGCUUCGGCCCGCUGCGAGGCGCCAGGACCACUUCUCCCUACCGCCCUUGCUAGGAACCCCGUGCGGCGGCCCGCCCGCGCGCGGCGCGCCCUCACCACUUGCUCCCGGCCGCUCCUACGGCGGCGGCGCCGCGCGCGCGAAACGAGCCUACAAAAAAAAAAUGCAGAUCCGCGUCGCGCUCCCGCCCGGCGUCCAGCCCGGUCAAGUGAUCCAGGUGCGGGCGCCGAGCGGCGCGAUCGUCCAAGUCAGGGCGCCGCCCGGCGUGCCCCCGGGGGGCACAUUUGUGGUCUCCGUGCCCGACGCACCACAAACGGUCCAGAGCUACGCGGCGCCGAAGCCCGUAGCACCGAGGCCCGUAGCGCCGACGCCAUCGCGACUCCAAGCGCCGACGCCCUACCGCCCACCACCCCAACAGUACAAGGCCGCGCCGCGCCUCUACUCGACGGGCGCCAUCUACACCAAAAAUCAAAAUCCGACGUGCGCCGACGGCGGCUGGUGGAAGUGGAAGUGUUGUGCUGGGAGUCAAAAUUACUGCGCCUACACGCCGUGCUGCUGCUGCUGCUGCACGGACCAGGUCUACGCCGUGGAACAGUCGACGGUGGGCAUCGUAGAAAAGUUCGGAAAGUUCCAGAAAGUCGCGCCGCCCGGAGAAUGCCUGUUAAACGCACCGUUCGGUUUCUGCGUGCCCUGGGAGACGGUAGCGCAAACCCUAAACAUGCGGGUGCGGCAGAACCGAAGCGAUGUCAGCGUGAAGACGAAGGACAACGUGUUUGUGGAGGUGAAGGUCGUGGUCACUUUCAAGAUCGCGGAUCCCCAAUUAGCUGCUUACAAAUUGAAUAGGGUCGAUGCUCAACUUAGUUCAUAUGUGGAGGAUGCCGUGCGAGCGGCCGUCGCUCGCGUCGAGCUCGACGACGUCUUCACCAUUGGCGAAGAGUUGGAGAGAGCCGUCAAAGACUCGACGGAAGCGAGGAUGCUCGAGUACGGCUACGCCAUACUGGAUACGUUAGUGUUAGGCAUCCAGCCGGAGCCUCGCGUGAAGGCCUCAAUGAAUGAGAUAGAGAUGCAAAAGAGGUUGAAGCUCGCCCAAGUGCACCAGGCGGAGGCGCAAAAAGCCAUCGACAUCAAAUUGGCCGAAGCGCGCGCCGAAGCUAAACAUUUGAACGGCGUCGGACUCGCUCGGCAGCGCAGCGCCAUGGUCGAGGGGUUUGCGGCUUGUGUGGACACGCUGAACGUGACGGAGGACGACAAGUUCUCGUCGGACGCGACGGAGUUGCUACUCACCACCCAAUACAUGGAUUUGCUCGACGCCGUGGCGGAGGACGCUCGUACUCGCGGUAACGAACGACCGGGCACGCAGACGCAAUUGAUGCUGCCGACGGGCAUCGAUAGUGUGGACGAGAUGCGGUCGAGGCUGCGCGUCUUCGCGGGGGCCUUUAAGAAAUAG